CAUUAAAAGAAGUUUCCUAACCGAAUGCCAAAAGUUACUUCACUCCCUGUGUGUAUGUUUCACUUCACAUCCUGACUCGACUCCGAAACCUUCAUUUUUGCAGCUGAACAAACCCUAGAGAGCCGCACUGAUUCAAUUCGCUCUACUCUGUUCAACUCGGGAAUUGUUUCGUCAGGAAUUGAUGCAAAGAUGAGUUCCUUUUCUAUUCCACGCAAAAAGACACCUUUCCAGAAGCAUAGAGAAGAGGAAGAAGCAAAGAAAAAGAGAGAGGAUGAUGAAACAGCUCGAUUGUAUGCUGAGUUUGUGGAGUCAUUUCAAGGGGAUGCACCUGGGUCCAAGACUUUUGUUCGAGGCGGAACCAUCAAUCCAAAUGAGAGAGUAAAGACUGAUUCUGAAGGUGAAAAGUCCAAAGAUGGGGUAUCUGGUCCAAAAAAGGGAAGUAGGUAUGUUCCAUCUUUUCUGCCACCUCCCAUGGCAGUCAAGGGAAAAGAAUCUGAGAAGAAGAAGGAGGAGGAAAGACCAAAGGAGAAGGAAAAAGGGAAGACUCGGAAUAUAGAUCAUUUCAUGGAGGAACUGAAGCAUGAACAUGAGAUGAGGGAGAGGCGAAAUCAGGAACGUGAGCGCUGGCGUGAUGGGCGUGCCACUGAGAUUUCUACUCCAUCUAGUAGGUUUGAUGAACUGCCUGAUGACUUUGAUCCAAGCGGAAAGGGAUCAUUUGAUGAUGGUGAUCCACAAACUACUAAUCUUUAUGUUGGGAAUCUCUCUCCACAGGUUGAUGAGAAUUUUCUUCUGCGGACUUUUGGAAGAUUUGGGCCUAUUGCUAGUGUGAAGAUAAUGUGGCCUAGAACAGAAGAAGAGCGAAGACGACAAAGAAAUUGUGGAUUUGUAGCAUUUAUGAAUAGAGCUGAUGGACAGGCUGCAAAAGAUGAAAUGCAAGGAGUUGUUGUGUAUGAAUACGAGUUGAAGAUCGGGUGGGGUAAAUCUGUAGCUCUUCCAUCACAGGCGCUGCCUGCUCCACCACCAGGACAUAUGGCCAUCAGGAGUAAAGAGGGUGCCACUGUAAUUCUCUCUGGUCCAUCAGGUCCGCCAGUAACUUCGGUCCCAAAUCAUAACUCUGAACUGGUUCUUACUCCAAAUGUUCCUGAUAUAAUGGUUGUUCCACCUGAUGAUGAUCAUCUCCGCCAUGUAAUUGAUACAAUGGCUCUGUAUGUUUUGGAUGGAGGAUGUGCUUUUGAACAAGCUAUCAUGGAAAGGGGCCGUGGGAAUCCUCUUUUCAAGUUUUUGUUUGAGCUUGGCUCAAAGGAACAUACAUAUUAUGUUUGGAGGCUCUAUUCUUUUGCUCAGGGUGAUACUCUUCAAAGGUGGCGAACAGAACCUUUUAUCAUGAUAACUGGUAGUGGAAGAUGGAUGCCACCACCUCUGCCCACAGCAAAGAGCCCAGAGCAUGAAAAGGAGUCUGGUAACACAUAUGCUGCAGGAAAAAGCAGGCGGGUUGACCCGGAACGAACUCUGACUGAUCCUGAGAGGGAUGAGUUUGAGGAUAUGUUACGUGGCUUAACAUUAGAAAGAAGUCAGAUAAAGGAAGCUAUGGGUUUUGCUUUGGAUAAUGCUGAUGCUGCAGGAGAGAUAGUUGAAGUUCUAACAGAGAGUCUGACACUUAAAGAAACUCCAAUUCCAACUAAAGUUGCAAGGCUCAUGCUUGUCUCUGACAUUCUACAUAAUAGCAGUGCACCUGUAAAAAAUGCUUCUGCAUACCGCACCAAAUUUGAAGCCACACUGCCUGACAUAAUGGAGAGCUUUAAUGACUUGUAUCGUAGUAUCACUGGGAGGAUCACUGCUGAGGCCCUCAAGGAACGAGUUUUGAAGGUAUUGCAAGUAUGGUCAGACUGGUUUCUGUUUUCAGAUGCUUAUGUGAAUGGAUUACGGGCCACUUUUCUCAGAUCAAGUACUUCAGGUGUUCUCCCUUUUCAUUCUAUAUGUGGUGAUGCACCAGAAAUAGAAAAAAAGAUCAACUCAGAAGAUACAGGUGGAGGAAAAAUCAACCAAGAUGUUGCAUUGGCAAUGGGCAAAGGAGCAGCUAUGAAGGAGCUAAUGAGUCUCCCCGUUGCUGAGCUCGAAAGACGUUGCAGACAUAAUGGAUUAUCUCUUGUUGGUGGUAGAGAAAUGAUGGUUGCCCGAUUGCUCAGUCUUGAAGAGGCAGAAAAGCAGAGGGUCUAUGAGUUAGAUAAUGACUUGAAAUUUUCUCAGAGCUAUUCAAGUUCUAGUAAAUUUUCAAGUGGGCACACAGAAACAAAUGUUGAACCGGAGCCAGUGGGAUUGUCAGGGUGGGAUCUUUAUGGGGAGGAUGGGGUGCAGUCUCAAAGCAGAGGGUCUACAUCUAUAGCAACAGCCUUUCCAAUUCCAGAACCUGAAUUAAAAGCCUUCACAAAGAAAGAGAAAAAUGAUCCAGUUCUGCCAGCCUCUAAAUGGGCUCGAGAUGAUGAUGACGGCUAUGAUGAGCAAAAAGGAAGUGCUAGAGAUUUGGGGUUGAGCUACUCGUCCUCUGGAAGUGAAAAUGUUGGUGAUGGUCCAGGUAAGGCUGAUGAUGAAAUGGAGUUUGGUACUGAUGCUAGUGUUCCCAUGCCACCUGACAUUGGGAUGAAUGAAGAGCAGAGGCAGAAGUUGAGACGUUUGGAGGUUGCUUUGAUGGAAUAUCGUGAAUCCCUUGAGGAGCGAGGGAUAAAAAGUGCAGAGGAAAUUGAGAGGAAAGUUGCAAUCCAACGGAAACGGCUAGAGUCAGAAUAUGGUUUAUUGGAAGAUGUUCCUGGGAACAGUAAGAGAACAUCUUCAGAAAGGAGGGAUAGAAGGGAUGGUAGCCGUGAAUCUUCAAGAAAGCGACACCGUAGCCAGAGCAGAAGCCAGAGCCCACAGCGGAAAACAUUAACCAGGGACAAUGAGAGGGAAAAUGAUUCUGACAGGGAGCGGGAAAGGCACAGGGAUAGAAAUAGAGCUCAUGAUUUGGAAAGUGAAAGGUGUGAGAGGGAUCGCCAUGAAAAGAGUGGGAGUAAAGAGCGGGAUGAUCACGACAGAGAGAGAGGUAGAGAAAGAGAGAGAGAGAGGAGGAGACGGGUAAAGUGAGCUAAUUGGUUUAUGGUGGCCAGACUGAGUUGACCCUUUCUAAAUGCCGGUGCAUGCAAUACUAUGGAAUGGAGUUGGUCUGAGUGUUGAAGUGGGAUGUUUUAAAUGGAGAUUAAUUUGGCAUACCAGUGUCUCCAUGGAACGUCUUUCCAGUUUUGAUAAAUGAUGUGAAAAUGCCCCUUCCUGGGAACAACACAAGGGUGUAAAAUGCUGCUUGUUAAAAUAUGUUAGAUGUGUUUUUUAUUUUGCCCUUAAAAGUAUAACGUCAUGGUUUUGUUCAGUGCUCAAUGAUUGAUUCAAUGUAUGGCUGCAGCAAAUUGCAUACA